GCCCCAGCUGGACACUGGAGAUUGGGGCUUGAUUGGGCAGAAGCCAGCAUCACUGGGGCUUUCAUGAGGAUUCUGUUUGCACCGCGUGGAGAGUGUGCUAUUCCGUCACAGAAAAUGGGGUGAUAUUUUCAGGAUGGGUUUUAAGGUCCCUUGGCAUUAAGGAGUGUGGAUGGGACUGUUUCAUUCCUCUGUGUCCUCCAGUUUUCUUCCAUAGCAUGUGGAAAUACACUGGAAUACCUGUCUCCCAAGACAAACAACUUUCAUCUGAGGGCUUGCGAGUCUUAAAGAAACAACAUUGGCUUUUUUCUUCCUGUUAUGUAUGGGUUAGAUUGGCUGUCUUAGUAGUUUCGUGGGCUGUUGAAAUGUCCUAUUUCCUUGCUGUUUCUUAAUUAUUUUUUUUUUACCAGCUGCUUGGUUUUGAAUCUGGCUUUUUCUCUGCUCUGAUUUUUGUUUCUUUCGGAUCACAGAAGCUGGAGGUGCUUGGACUGUCUGGGUCCCUUCUGGUGUGUUUCCUCUCUAAUGCAGGAAUACCUGGAGAGAUGUGUUCUCUGCAGUUUACUCUGUCAAAUCUCCAAAGUCCAGAGCAGAGAGGUUUUCCACUAUGCCACCUGAGAAAUGGUUUAACUGUUGAAUAGUCCUCUCUGUUUGGCAUGUGUCCCAUGGCAAAUCCAUUGCAGAGAACCUCCCCUCAUUCCUGGGAUGAAUUGGUUUUGUUAAGUCCCCACCUUCCUGUGAUGGGUUUUAUUCCUUCCUUUGAGUCAUUCUCUUGCUUAAUCCCUCCCCUUCCUUAGUGUUUGGAGCCUUUGGAGACCUCCUCACCCUGUUAGCGAUGUCACUGUUUAGCCAGGCCGGUUUUGAGGAAGACAGCCAGAAGCAACCAGCUGUGGGACACUGGAAGCCACUGAUGCCAUCCAAAGGCAGCAAGGAGGAGCCAGAGACUGGAUGCCAAGAUGCUGGAGGUGUGGAUGAGACCCAGUCCACUGAGCAGCUCAAUGUGUCACGUCUGCGCAGCUCUUCGGUGGAGAUCCGUGAGAAGGGGUCUGAAUUCCUGAAGGAAGAGCUGCACAAAGCACAAAAGGAGCUAAAGCUGAAGGACAAAGAAUGUGAGAGAUUGUCAAAAGUCAGAGAACAACUGGAGCAGGAACUAGAAGAGUUAACAGCUAGCCUAUUUGAGGAAGCGCACAAGAUGGUGAGAGAAGCAAACACUAAACAGGCGGCGUCAGAGAAGCAGCUGCGGGAGGCACGGGGGAAGAUCGACAUGCUGCAGGCAGAGGUAACGGCUCUGAAGACACUGGUGAUCACAUCCACGCCUUCCUCUCCAAACCGGGAGCUGCACCCUCAGCUCCAGAGCCCUUCUAAAGCUGGCUUCAGGAAGGGCCAUGGGCGAAACAAGAGCACCAGCAGCGCAAUGGUCUCAGCUGCCAACCAGAAUGUGACUCCAGAACCAGUCAGUCAUGAGUGCAAGGAGUCUGGGUUACCCGCUCUCCUCUCCCUGCUCCUUUGUCUCAUCCCCGGGAAGGCUAUCCACAUCACCUAUGAACCAGGCUGGCAGGCCUUGGGGGCAGAUGCUUCCUCAUCCUUGCGGCAGGUCGACUCCAUUUUAUUUGCUGAGUUCCAGGCCUGGAAGGAAUCUCCAACUUUAGAUAAAUCCUGCUCCUUCCUGGACAGAAUUUAUCGAGAAGAUGUAGGACCUUGUCUGGACUUCACUAAGCAGGAGCUGUCAGAGCUGGUGAGAGUGGCUGUGGAGGAGAACACACUCACCAUUGAGCCGGUUGCUUCCCAGACACUGCCUGUGGUGAAGGUGUCAGCAGAAGAGUGUGGUGGGCCAAAUGGGUUCCGGUCACAAAUUGUAACGAAAUGUGCUCUGAGUGGUCUCCCCAGGACCUGCAAGCACCGAAUCAUGCUGGGGGAUUCUGGGAAUUACUACUACAUUUCACCAUCCUGCAGGGCCAGGAUCACAGCGGUGUGCAACUUUUUCACAUACAUUCGCUAUAUCCAGCAGGGCUUGGUGAGGCAGGAUGUGGAGCUGAUGUACUGGGAGGUCAUGCGGCUCCGGAGGGAGAUGUCUCUGGCCAAACUUGGGUUUUAUCCCAGUGAGAUGUAAGCAGAGGCCUGAGCAUGGAAGGAAACUGCUCCUGUAUGAACGGCUUGUCAAACAUAGUCUGACAAACAGAUGAAGGCUGUGCCUCUCCUGCAGUGGGCCUUACUCCCUCCCCACCCUCCCUCUGCCUAAAGCUGAUCAAGGAGCAAGAAGCACAAGUUCCACCUUCAGCUGUCCCAUUUCUCCAACUGUGACUGGAAUGCAGCUGCCAAGCUACCCCCCACCAGAGCUGGGCUGGCCCUGGCUGCUUUGGGGUGGCCAUUUAUAGACUGUCCUCUGUGGAGUCUCCUAUAUGCAGUGUAUAUCCAUUUUUCGUUUUUUAAACUUUUGUUUUUAUAUGCAGUCUGCUUUGGCAUAGUCUGAGGCUGUCCCUGUGCAAGGCAGGAGUCCUGGACCUUCUCUUUGUAAGCAACUCCUUCAGGACAGAUGCUGGCUGUCUGUCCAUCUGUUCCCCUCGUUCUUUGGGGUAGAGGGUGCUGUGCCCAGCCGUACACAUAGGUCCUGCUGACCCCUUACUCCUCUAACAGCCCUGUAAAUGCCAGCAGCACACAAAUAAUCUUAUGGAGAGCCAUGAACAGCCUGUUUCCAAGUACUUCCUUGCUCCUUUUAAAGGAGCCUGCAAGAGAAGCUUUCUGCCAACUUGAGUCACAAAGAGGGAUUUGUUUCUGUUUUUAGCUUGCGAUUUGGCACUGGGUAAUCCAGGCCAGGGGAACAGCCGAAGCAGAGGCCGGAGCUCUGUGCCUGGGGCCUUCAGCAGAAGAAAGUGAGCAGGGAAGCUGCGUAACUCACAGCUGGCCCCAGCUUGGCUGCUGUUGGUGCAGGAUGUUUUCUCCUGGCCUGGAGAAUCUGCUGCAGUUGUUACAGGCAGAUGCGGACCUUGGUGGGUGGUGCCCUGUGACAGUCCUCAGUGCAGAAGUGCCCCAUGGUGCUCUUAGAUACAAACCUCACCCGCAAACAUGCCUUUGAGCUGCUCCUGUUCUGAGGGAGCUUUGGGCAGUACUGUUCCCACUCUUCAGAUAGAAACCAUGGUCCCAGGCUGGGUUCUUUGUCUCCAGAAGGAGCAUGCCCAGGCUGGGCAGUAUCUUGAGGCCCCAAGAUUUCCUCCCCAGCCUUACGUCCGACCUGGAGAUGUGCAUCUGCUGGGAAACCCACCUUCUUCUGGGCUGCCAUCCCCAAUGAGGAAAUUUUGAGACAUGAGAGAUAAUGUGGCUGAGGUUUCUGUAUGCCUUGAGAUGUGCUGGGAAGGAUGUCCCUAAAGCUGUUGGAAAGCAGAGGUCUGCUGUAGCUUGAACUUGGGCCCAGGCUUGUUUGUACAGAACUGUGUUAAAGCCAUGACAGUGUUUUGUAGCCGAUUUAGCCUUUUUUUUCAGUGACUGUGGAAUGAGCUUGGCCACCACCCACCCUGGAGGUUUCAUCUCAUGUGGCAUUUCUUCACUUUUGACGUUUGUCACCUAUCACUGUAACUCCCAUCUUAGCAAGUUGGUGCCCAGAACCAAAUCACCCUCCUCAGCUCCAUUAAGUUUCACCCUCUCCUGGGAGAGGCUAUAGUAGCAACUCUUCAAAUCACAAAUCUUCAGUGAAGGAAAAUUAACUGAGCUGCUGGAUUUUUGUCCAAGGGAGGGAAGAAUAGAUGGGGGAGACAGAAGUUUUUGGUUUAGAACAUAAUACAAGGACAGCUUCACGGCAGAUCUGAGAACCUUCUGUGGAAGACCCCCCAUGAGCUUUCCCAUCACUAAGCACACUUAAGAGUACACUUCUGAGCUGCUCCUUGGGGGACUCUUUUCCUUAUAGCUAUAGUGGCAUAUAGUAUUGUUUACUAAGGGUUAGUAGCUAUGUGAGGCAUGAAUUGUCAUUCCCAGAGCUGGAAGAACACGUUCCUGACAAUACAUAUCAGCCUUGAAUCCGCCUUCAGCUCAGAAAGGGCUGACCUGCAAGUUUUGAGUUGUAACACUCCAGUUCUGCUUUCGCUUCCCCUAGCGAGACAAGUGUGUACAUCUGCUGCUCUGCAUGAAAGGAAUAUGUUUCAAAUAUGGAGUAAAAGCCUGCAAAAUACGUCUUUGGGUAAGAGUGGUUGGCUCUUGAGCUAGUGAUCAACCUGCAUCUAUUUGGUGUCUGCAGACUUGUGGCAAUUUGACAUCAACUUCCAGAGGAGAAAAUAGAAAUGUCUUUCCCCAGAUGCAGAUUUCAGCUCAGGUAAAUUCUAUCCCUGACAGUUUCUCCUUGUAUCUGUUCUCCCUGACCUUUUGAUCUCUACAUGUCAUCCUGUGCCAUUAGCUGCUACAUUGCACAACAGACGUGGCUGCAUCGCAGCACUGGGAAUGAGAUGAUCUCUCUAUGUAGGAGAUAUUUUGGUUUGUGGGAUUUUUUUUCCCCCGGUGUCACUUUGUAAAGCACUUUGAGAUGAAAGGAAUUAGAGAAAUGCAUUGUAUAAGGUUAUCUUACAUUUAAAACAAAGCAGAGAACAAUUUGUGAAUGAAUAUGAAGUCACUCUGUUAACAGCGGGAUGGUUGCGACCUGCUCUUUAAUAAAGGAAAAUAAACAUUUGCUAUUAACCUCUUCAAAGGUCUGAUUGCAGUGCUAGGGUUGGGGUGGUUGGGGAGUGUGUGCUCAGUAGCCAAGAGAAAAAUCAAGUUUGGCUGGCACUGUUCUCUGUGCUUCUCCUCCCACUGUGUGCCCUGAGGGACUGGGGUUUUAAUGCCUUUUCUUCAUCAGCCUGCCCCUCCUGUAGCUUACUGCUCCCUGACUUCACCAGGGAACUAAGUGACAGUGUUCUGGUAGCAAAUAGUUUUAUCACGGUUAUUUGUUG